AAAGAGUGUAGCCGACUUCGUGAAGCAGUGGCCGGCACCGUUCUUCUGGCUAUUUGGUCGCGGACAAGGCAAACUGUAGCGCGACUACCGUCGCGUAGGCUCUUUGAAACGGGAGGCGGCGGAGUCAGCCGACAUAUACCUCCGUAG